UUUUAAGGAGCAGUUAAGUUUCGGUAGCCGUUGGUGAUCCAUCUGUCGUAGCAUCCAAACGCCGAUGGCAUUACUUUUCCGCAAUAAAAUGGCGCGGAAUCUGCUAGUGCCGUUAUUCCUACUGUCCGUUGUACUCACUGUUAAGGGAGAAAAUUUUUUGAAUGGUAACUGCGAUAAAAUGCAAAACCAGUUGACAAAUAUCAAUGGACAGAUUAGUCAACAAGCUAACCAGUACAACCUAGGAAAUUUCCAUCCGAAAAAAACCGCAUCCGAUCGUCUGUACAAUUUACUGGAUACCAUCAAACAAUGGCAGCAGAAUUUAGACCGGAACAUUAAUCGAAUGGGAAUCCUGCUCUCUACCAAACAGCAACAGCUCGCCAUACCACGCGUAGGGUUUGAAAGUGUGGAGAGCAGUUUUGAAAAAGUGUUCCAAAAACUGGAAGAUCGAAACGCAUUCCAACGGAAUGAGCUCAAUGCGCGGAUUAGCGAAAUUGAAGUCUUACGAGAGCAAAGCAAGAACGCCACCGAACAGCUGCAAACUUUGAAGGAAAAUCGAACGAUGGUACAGAAGGAGAUACAAGCAAUGAACAAAAUCAUUUCGGACCUCACAACGGAUAAACAGAAGCUGGAAGCGAAGCUCAACGGUAACCCUCCGGCAGUGCGUGGGUAGAGUGCAGUUCCGGUGUUGAAAAGGAUGUGUUUCGUUGUAUUCUCUAAGGAACUGAACUAUUGUAACUUUGUCUUUGAAAAUGUUUCUGCAAAUAAAAUGAUUAUUCUCUGCCGCAUAUAAUCGAAGCUGCAAUUAAUAGUUGAAUUGA